UCUGCGCAAACGAUGUUGAUAAAAACAUAAAAAUCUCAAAUCUGGAAAUCGCUGCAGGAAUAUGAAGCAAUUGUAGUGAUGAUGCUAUAAUCGAAUGUGACAUAUACAUAUUAGAUACAUACAUUAAAUAUUCGCAUAUAUACAUUGCCAAAAUGAGCAAAUAUUUCUUUAUCUUUAUUCAUCUUCUCAAUAUAUUCAUAAAUGGUGAAAUCAUGUACAUUGAUGGAUCCAAUAACUUUGCAGCUUCGCACAGCAGCAGUAAUAAUGGAGACGACGAGUCCUCACAUUUACCACUGAGCGCUCUAUUUUCACAGUCUGAUCGAUAUAAAUGUCUAGUGGAUGGAUGCAAGAAAGGGGGAAAAAUGCAGGAGAAAGUUUAUUAUGGCCCCAGAUUUCAACAGAUACAUCUUGCAUUACCUAGGAGGGAGUAUACUGAGACCGGCUACGUGGAAAAUAUUACGUGCAAUAAUCGUGUGAUGAGCGUGAAAACGUUAAGUAAAACUCCACAGAUUUUUGAGAUUACAAAUUUCCUGAGUCCCAAUGAAACGGAACUGAUCAUUGACAUGGUGAAAGCGAAGGGAAUGAAAAAACCUUCCCUAAGAAAUAUGACAGUUCAACUUCCUGAUGAAAUCAAUCAACAUAUAUUUGACGGUUGGGAUGAAGAUUUUGAUGGACACCUGUCAAUUAAAGAGAUCAGUCAAAUUACUGAGUUGAAUCCAUACCUGUUGACGGAAGAUGAUGUUGUAGAUUUGAUAAAGUCAAUUGACAAAGAUGAAAACAAUUAUCUCAGUUUUGGUGAAUUAUUCGAAGGUGGUUUGCAGGAAUUUAAAAAUAAUCUAGACGCAAGAGAACGAGUGAGAAAUAAUUUUAAAAUAAAAAAUGUUGAAGAGGCUUGGUUGUGGCAUGAUGAAGAUGAACUACUUGCGUAUGAAGAUUUGCUAGAAGAUUACCAUGAACGUGUAAAAAUUGUCACUGGUAUUCCUAGCGAACUUUCUGAACAGACGGAACCGAUUCAAGUCAGGAAACACGAAGAGGGCGCAUUUACUGCAUGCCAGCAAGAUUCAAUGGGCGUUGAUAGUACGCCUUGCUGCGUGUAUGGCGGGAAGAACUGUCGCAUGUGCAGAUAUGCGACAAUUAUGAUAUUUUUGAAUGACGUUGAGGAGGGCGGAGAGCUGGUUUUUCCGCUUGCUCAAAACGAUACUUUCUCCUGGCAUAACUUAAAAGAAGACACGAUUAAGAAGUGUGAAAAGUUUCCAAAAAUAUCACACUCAAACAUCAUUGUAAAACCCGAACGAGGCAAAGCCGUCAUGUGGUACAACCAUCUUAUAUCCCCUAGUUCAGGCUGGAUGGGACAAAUGGACCCACAAUCCAUUGCAGGGAGCGCACCAGUUACACGCGGAGUGCAAUGGAUAGCUAAAAUGUGGCUUAACAUAAUUGGGGACGGAGUAAACGAACUUCGCCCAUGGAAAAUGGGAGCGAACUGGUUAUCGAAAAAUAACAAAAACAACAAAAUUGUAGAAGAAUUAAGAAACGAUUAUUUUAGAGAAGGCGAACCAUAUGUACAUGAAUAUAAAACUACAUACAACCACGCGAUCUCACAAAAACUUCUCAAGUCGCAAACACAAGAAGAAACACUAGAACCUGACGUUAAAGUUGAAUCUGAGAGUGUUUCAGUAGAACAAAAUACAAACGACGUUGUCACUGAAAACGAAAAACUGGUUACGCCAGAGCCAAGUAGUGAACCUGUUGAACAUGAAAUUGAGCAAUCUUCAAUCACUGAAGAUUUGCAAUCAGACAUAAUCACUCAACCUGAAGUUGAUGUUGAAAUAGUAAAUCCUGACCCUGUUGUGGGUAUGAACACAACAGAGAGUAAGCCAGAAGAAGAGAGACGUACCUUUCCUAAAAGCGAUACUGUUCCUCUGGGACCGCCCAAAAGACCUUUAGACCCAACCCAAUCUUUCGGAGGGAAAGCCAUUGAUAAUAGACUCGUCAGGGCAUCUCUAUUGCUACUUGAAGAGUUAGAUAGAGAUGAACUUGAAACGAUAGCUCGAAGUUUGCACGAAAAGUUGCAUUUAGCUUGUAUCCCACUUAUAGUAACUCCUUUUGGUUGA